AUGAAGGAACUAUAUUAUCCCGGAAAAAACCUCUCUCUGUACGAAUCUAUGGUUUUGUGGCGAGGUAGACUAUUGUUCCGGCAGUACAUCGCAAAUAAGCGACAUAAAUAUGGACUGAAACUGUAUAUGCUGACAGAGCCAAAUGGGCUUAUACUGAAUUUUGCAGUUUACACCGGCCAAUUGGAUGAAACGGGCGGUAAAGGCCGAGCACAAAAAGUUGUUCAGCAUGUAGCAAAAGAUUACCUCAACAAAGGACAUUCUAUUUAUAUGGAUAAUUAUUGCAAUAGCUGCCAAUUAGCUAGAACCUUGAUAAACCUUAAAACAUACUGUACUGGAACUCUACGCAGUGACAGCAAAGGUGGUCCUGUUGAAAUUUUGAAAAGUAAAUUGAAAGUUGGGGAAUCAAAAGCCCAGUAUGCAGAUGGUAUAAUGAUCGAAAAGUGGAAGGAUAGAAGAGAUGUUACCUACAUAUCCACAGAAUUUGAAAAUCAAAUGGUAGAGAGAGAACUAAUAAAAGAGGAGUUGCUAAACAGAAGCCUUUACCAAUUGUGGAAUACANAUUCCACUUUCGGUGGAGGUCGGAAAUUGUUUUUUCCUACCUAA